AUGAAUGGAAAAUUUCCUAUGAUGAUUGUUGAGAACAAAAUCUUUAAGCAAGACUGGAGAUCUAGGAAACGGAUUCACAUUUUUCAGUAUCUUUUUCUCAAAUGGACAAUUGCCCUUCUAAUUGGAAUAAGCACUGGUCUUGUUGGUUUCUUGAAUAACCUGGCAGUCGAGAAUAUUGCUGGUUACAAGCUUUUCCUCACUGGCAAUCUGAUGCUUAAGGAUAAGUAUUAUCAGGCAUUUGCAGCAUUUGCCGGACUGAAUAUGAUUCUUGCUUUUGUGCUGCGGCACUGUGCGCAUUCAUUGCCCCUGCGGCCGCUGGGUCUGGCAUACCUGAGGUGA